AUGUUCACGCCUCUCCCAACACUCCCUUUCCCCCUUACUACCUACGUAGCAAAAAAAAAAUCUUUUAUCCCCUUGCACCUCAUCACAAACCCCGAACUUUACCCUUUCCCCCCCUCGCCUACCCAUCCAUCAUACGACAAAUCCACCUAG